AAUAAUUUAAUUGAAAAUAAUAAGAUACAUUUAAGACACUGAAUUUCAACACUGGCACAAUGUUGAGAAAAUACAAAUAUUAGUCUAUGAGUGUUUCUCAAGUCCUGGGCUUAAAAAGAGUCACAGUGUGUUAAAAAUUAAAGUUGAAGUUUUUUAUUGAAACUGUAUUCAUUUCUUUAGAUAAUAUACUUAAAGAAAUUUAUCAAUAAAAGUGAAUUGUAAUAUAUGUACAUUUUCUUUUAUGCUUAAAUAAAUUAUGAAAAAAAAAACACCACCACCACAGCUCAACAUUAGCUUUGUUUUCUUUGCAUUGAUAUAUUGUUUUCAGAUGUUUUCACUUUUCUUAAAAAGGUAUUUAUAAUAAUUUUUUUCGUCACAACAGACAUAAAAAAAAUGUACUAUAUACUUAUUGUUAUAAGUUAAGUAAAAAGAAAUCUGGUUGAAAUAAAAGCUUAUACCUCAAAUUAUACACUACUAUAUUUUCGCGCAUGUAACCCACAUACAUGUAUAACCCAAACGUCCAUAUACCCCGCACAAAUUACAAAUUAAGUAGAAACAAUAUCAUACAACCCGCAGCUCCAUGUUCAAAGAGUGACUUGCCCUAAACUACUAGUACGCAAAGUUGUUGCUCAUCAGAUGUCUGUCUCUCGAGAUGCAAUCGUACUCCAGUUGUUGUUCCACAAUUGAUACAUAGAGUGCAACACACUUGUGAAAUGCGAGUUGUUUCGACAAAAGUCAUUGACCUAUUUAACUGUUGACGGUGGAGAAAUAUUUGCUGCAGUAGCUAAGCUGGGCCUUACAAUUGGCAGAGGAUUGGCCUGAUUCUGUGCUGCAUCGCUAAAUGAAUCAUGUUGCUUCCCAUCUGUCUAUCUGCAAAUCUUAUAGCGCAAGCUGUGUCAGGUUUGGAAAUAUCCAGUGAAAGAAAAAAGAGCCAGUCAAAUGAUCAUGAAAACCCUUCACCAAAAAGUAAUCUAACUGCCUCAGCUCAACCAAAAGCACCUGAGAAUAAUGAGUUUGACAAAGCAUCAUCAGAGUCAGGAGGUAUAUCUACUUGGGUUUUUAUCACUAUUGGUGUGUCUGUUCUUGUUGUGGCUGUUAUGAUCUUUGUAGCUGCCAUGAUCUACCGUCGAAAAAAAAGGGGAACCAGAACUGGAUCUUCCAUUGCAUCUAUACAGGUCCCGCCAAAUGAUGCCACUAGAAACUACUGCCCUAGAGAUGAGGUAGAACUUCACGAACUCACAGAAUUAAAUAGGAAUCGAGAAAAUUCUCUUUCAACUGAAGGGGUACAGACUGUCAGUAUUCCAAGGGUUAAAAUGAUCAAUGUGACUAACAGUUCUCAUGCAGAGGGAACUCCAUUUUUACUUAGAUCCUGUGUAAGCUCAUGUGAAGAUCUGGAGGACUAUGGGGGAAGGAAACUCACCAGAAGUCUGUUCACGCAGUGUGGAGAUAAUGAAAAUAAACUCAGGGGAGGCAAUGGAGACUUCCACAGACAGUAUGUGGAUGUGAAAUAUAUGAACAAUGAUUUGGAGCAUGCACAAUUAGACAGAGCAGAGUCAUCAGACUACAGGCGAGACAGUAGGCGAGAUGGACGAAACAGGAACUAUGAAAGUAGGUCAUCAGAUGAAUUUGAACCUGACAGACGAGAACGUUAUUAUCGAUCUGAUGAGCGCCGAGGUCAGAGAUACAGCCGCCAGUCAGACAAGAGCAACCUCUCAGGAAGCAGUGAUUCAAGAACUUACAGCAAUCAGAGCAGCAGAAGUAAAAGUAUCAACUCCCAUCAUUCAGCUAGAAGUUACCUUCGUAUUCCUCCAACGUUACCAUCAAACAAUUAUGUGGAAGUUGGCUUGGAUAAUAUGUCAGUGUACUCUGAGCCUCAGAUUAAAAUGGAGUGGUUGACCAAGAAAUCUGAUAGUUCUUCAAAGAAUGAUAUAGAAAGUUAUCAAUCUUCAUCUGGCACACAAACUGACUGUGGUGUGACGUCAGCUAGUUGUUUAACAGUGUUUGGCACACCUUGGCAAUUUGGUGGCACAUUUACCAGCAAAGGUGGAGUGAUGCAGGCUAAGGAUUCGGAUGUUUCAUUACAUGUUGUUGCCAAUGCUAUACUGAAAGGUGACUAUGUGGACAUCUAUGGAGCAGUGUUUACUGAUACACCUGAGAUAAGGAAAAAGUUUCAGUUCCCAGCAGAUGAAAGUCUGAUCAGUCCAGUGGUUGAGUACCACAGAGAACCUGAGGGCAGCUUUCAAAGACCUCUUUGUAUUAGACUGCCCCACUCCUUGACUGAAGACUUUGAUGUAACAUUCAUUAAAGUUUACACCUUUUCUACUGAUGACUUUGGUCAUGCUAUUUUAAACACAUUGAUCAGGAAAGAUAGAGUGAAUGAAGAUAGGGAUGGCUAUUGGGAAAAAAGUAGGGAUGGUCGAACAAUUGAUAUUCACACUCUGCACUUCAGUGGUUACUUCUGUACAACAUGCUCCAACACUAGCCUACCAUCUGUCUGCUCAAUGGUGUUUGGAUCUCAUGUGCAGAUAACUCCUUCACGUAGAGAAGUCAGAGUUACCUUAUACCUCUGGGACAGACGUCUUACAAUCAAAGAUUAUCUAGAGAGGAUCCGUAAGCAAGAAUCAGAUGUUGACCGCCAGCUCUUGACAGAUAUGCAGAUUCCUCUAAUGGAUGAUGCCACAUCAGACAGUCGGCUUGUGAUGAGGAUGGAUGUGAUGGGGGAAUCAUUGGAGCGUUCCUGCUGGAGGCACAUCUGUAGGCCUGAUGGUUUAAACCCUUUAUUUAAACCUCUGCAGGCACGGCGACUGUACGAUGUUAUUCACUGUUGCCGGCAGACAGAUCCUAUUCGUGUUCAGUGGGCCUUAGAGAAUGUACCUCGUCAAGUACCUGGAUCUAUAUUCCAGUGCUGUAUAGACAUCAUGCAUGUCCCACGGGACAUCAGAGAUUACGAGACUGCCAUGAGAGAAGAUACAGAUGAUCUCAUGAGGACAUUUUAUGUCAGAGAUUUGAAAGUUAUCCCUAACCCAACACAGGAAGCACCAGACAGUAAAUCUGUUCAUGCUACUAUAAAAAGAACAAUCUCUGAAACUUUGGAUAAAACUCAAACAGAACGAAUGUGUCGAGAGUAUGGAAUAACACAAAGAGACAUAGGAAACUUUAAAACAAAGUAUACAUCAGAUGGUAAGUUGCAGAAUGGACUAGUAGAAGAAUGUAUGCGCAGACACGGAGUAGACAUGUUUCUCAAACUGCUGCCGGACAUCUUGCAAAGACUUCAAUUGGAUCAUGUGCUGCAUGAGCUGAGAGAUAAGAAAGUGUUCAGGGAGGAUUCCGAUCAAGAACUUCUGCCACCUAAUGACCAGUUCUCCAAUCACAGUCACACUGACUGCAAAUUUCAGCAUGAUAAUUCUCCUCCUCUACACCAACCUAAACAAAAAGUGAAGAAAGACAAUAAUGAGAACUCAGUGCUGCAAAAACAAGGUUCCAGUGAUAGUAAUGACACAGUAUUUCAUGAUCAGAAUUUGAAUUAUAAGUCACUGGAAAGAAAAAGAAGGACAGGGGCACCGUUAGCAGUCAGUAAUAGAAAUGAACAAUACAGGCAGGAGCAUUUUGCAGUUGUCCAUAACAAAGAUUCCAGUAGUGGCUCUGACUCGGUUUUGAGAAGUGGCUCAAUACUAUCCAGUGGCUCUAAUAAUUGUUUCACGCUACAGUCUCUUAAUGACUUCAGCAUCAUCCCGCAGGUCGGUACUUUUAAUCAAGAAGAUGAGGAUGAUACCAAAAAGAAAGAAAUGGCUGUCAAGUCAGGCUCUGCAUAUUUAGAUACAGACAGCCGGUGCUCAAACAGCGGUCCUCAAGCUUUUCUCCAUGGAAGAAGUACUGCGAGUCUAGAAAGCAUGCCAGAUUAUAGCAUGCCUUUUCACAGCAAAUCUGCUCAAAAUAUAAAUCAAAAGUCUGAGAGAAGCCAAGACAGAGAUCAGACGAAUAAGAAAGAAUUGUAUAAUGUUCACACAGUAGUCUGAACAUAAAGGUUAAUUUUAAUUUGUUCAAAGCUGAUAUCAACUUUCUCUGUGUCUGUCUGUUUGCUACAAAUUUUCCCCUUUGAUAUGCUUUUUUUUUUUUUAAAGUAUUUUAAAAAUAUUUUUCUUGUUAUUAAAAUAGUGCUUUUUUUCUUAUUAUAAAAAAUUAAAUAUUUCUCAUCUAAAUAUUUUAAAGGGCAGAUUUUUAGUUAACAAAAUGUUUUUUGUUGUAUUUUUGGAGUAAAUAUUUAACAAAUUUAAAAAUAGAUACCGUCCAAAUGAUGUGACCUAGAUUGAGCAAUAUUUUAAUGUUUCUGUUUGCUAAUGUUGUUGCAAUUAGUUUACUUGUACUUAUAACUAUUUUGUUUGCCACACAAAUUUGCUCAUUAUCUGCAAACUGCAUUCAAAAUGGUAAAAAUGCCAGACACAAGAUUUUAGCAUUACAUUCUCUGGUUUAUAUUUUGCUGGAACAUGCAUCAUGGAAACAGAUCAGAGAUAAAUUUAGAGUCCAAUGACCAGGAAUUGAAAUUGACUUAAUAGGAAGCUGAAAUCCUUCAAAUGUUUUUUUUUAAUAACUUCAUUUAUGUAAUCAUCAUUGAAGUGUUAGAAGCCUUUGGUCGAUUGUAUUUAUUCUAGCAUUUUAUUUGUACCUUUAUACAUUUUAUUUCAACGCGUGUUCAGUGCCCUCUAGUUUUCCUACUGAAUUGUUCAAAUCCAUUCCAUAAUUUAUUUUACAAUUGCCUUUGUCUCCUACUAAGUUAGUGAACCUUUAUAUGUUCACUUGUCAAUGUCUUGCAACUAAGUAAUUUCUUGGCACAACUUUUAAUUUUGUUGAUAUUUUUGCAAUACUAUUGAUAACAAUUUUUACCAGUUUCAAAUUUAUAUAUGUCAGUGGAGCUGAAAGAGUUGUGACAUCUCAAGUGUGCCUUCAUUUUAUAUGGUGAUACUUUAUGGUAAAUAUGAAGCUAAACAAGCACAAUUAUUUUGUUGUUUUUCAGUGUGAUUCAAAUGAAAUACUUUUUUUCCAUUGUCUUCUUGUACUUACAAACAUACUGUAACUGACUCAAUAGAAGUGAUUGACUUGAUUACAAACAUACUGUAACUGACUCAAUAGAAGUGAUUGACUUGAUUACAAACAUACUGGAACUGACUCAUUAGAAGUGAUUGACUUGAUUACAAACAUACUGGAACUGACUCAUUAGAAGUGACUGACUUGAUUACAAACAUACUGGAACUGACUCAUUAGAAGUGAUUGACUUGAUUACAAACAUACUGGAACUGACUCAUUAGAAGUGAUUGACUUGAUUACAAACAUACUGGAACUGACUCAUUAGAAGUGACUGACCUGAUUACAAACAUACUGUAACUGACUCAAUAGAAGUGACUGACUUGAUUACAAACAUACUGGAACUGACUCGAUAGAAGUGACUGACUUGAUUACAAACAUACUGGAACUGAAUCAAUAGAAGUGACUGACUUGAUUACAAUAGAAGUGCUUAUAUUUUGACUUAAAAUUAUCCCCCCCCCCCCCCCCCCCCCCGAUGUUACAAUUUAAUGGCAUUACAUUUUUUUUUACUUUUCUUACUCUUGUUUCAAAGACAUUCGCCUGUGAUGCAAUUUUAUUACUUAAAAAUCUUUUUUGAAUUAGAUCAUGAAGUUUUGAAAAAAACAUUUUUUAAAAUGUAUCUUGGGUGAUUCUUAAUUCUUUUGUGAUUUUGAAAUACCAGAAAUUCAAAAUACGAUUGUGAAGAAGUUUUAUAUUUAAAGUUUUCAGGGUUUUUUUUUAAGAUUUCUAUACAACUUUGUUCUUGUCCUAGAGAUUAAUGGAAAGUUUAACUUGGAUCCACAUGACUGUUGAUGUUGGAAUAUCAUGUUUAAAUCCAUUGUGCAGUACCACAAUUAUAGUGUUGUAGAUCAUCAUGUACAGUCUGCCGCAUUCGGCAGCAAACUGUCUCCAUCAAGAUCAGCCUCAUCCCAUCCCCAGUCUCAUCCCAUCGGCUGCCACUUUCUCCUUCAGCAAUGCCAAUUGGUUGAAUGUAUAUAUCUUACAUCUAUUUUCAUAAUUUUCAAAUACAUUUCAAGCAACAGAAAAAAUAGUAACUAUACUUUUAUUUGCGUCAUCUUAUAUUUCAUGUUUUAAAUGUUGUGCUUCCCUGUAGAUUGACAUCUUGUUUUACAACUAAUUUGUUGAUUUACAAACUGUUUUUUCAAUAUUUACUUUCAGGGGGUGGGGGGGGGGGGGACACUGUAAGGAUUGGGGAGACAAGUAGUCUAUCAUUUAGUUUUAGAAACUCAAAGGGAGACAAGCAUUAUUUACAAUUUGAUUUACGGUUAGAUAAGUCAAAGGGAAACGAGCAAUUUCAACAAUUUGAUGAGUCAAUGGUAGGCCAGCACCAUCUGCAAUAUAAUUUAUUUUUAGAUGGGUUAAGGAGAGACUAGCAAUAUCUCAAUUUGAUUUAUAUUCACAUCCACACUGGUUCUACAUUGGAUUUAGAAAACAAACUUUUAGUAUAUAACAUUUGCAAUAAUUAUUGAGUUUUACAUUACAAAUCACUGGAUUUUAAUGAAUGAAAAUCUUAACCACCAUAUGCCCCCUUCCCUUUCUUGCUCUUUCUUAGUUGAUCUCAAAUUUAGCUAUUAAACUAUUGUAUAUAAAUUGAGUGUGUCUCAUUUGCUCAACUAGGUCAGUACCACAGCUUAGGACAUUGUUGUUGGCUCUAUGUUCAUCUAUUGAAUGUUUGGGUUGAAAUCUCAAAAAUGUUGUUGUGACUUGUAUAUAUUUUUAUAGUUUAUUUACAUUUAUAUAUAUAUUAGCUUUGAGUUGCCCUACAAUGUUAUAGUAGGAUACAUGUGUUGAUAUGUAUAUGCUAAUGUAUAUAAAGAGAGAUAUAGAGAGAUUAAAUGUAUGAAGCAAA